AGUGCAUUUAGGAAGCAAACAAGCAGGAACUGCGUGAUAAGUUUGGUGUAGUCUCAGAUAAAGUCACUAAAAGGUUAUCUCUGUAUAUGUUCUAGCUGGUCAAGCUUGUAAGUUGCUUGUAGACAAGAUUAGGACGUCCACAUUUCAACAACCAUCAGCCACCAUGAUUAUUCUAUGUCUCCUAAUCUUCAUCUCUCAAGGAUUUGUUGACUGCGUGGUUGAUUGCAAUGGUCAAACUAACGGGAAUUAUGAAAUAACGUGCCACAAAUACACCCAGUGUUCGAACGGGAUUGCUAUUCUCCGUACUUGUAGCGACCACCAGAUGUACAACCCAGAAACAAAACAAUGUGGCGCGCCGAGUCCGCCCUGUAGCCUUAACCGGAACUGUAACGGUUUAGCUGACAAACGUUACCCCGACCUGGAAACGAAUUGCCAUUCCUACUAUACAUGUUAUAACGGCUUUUUCUACGGUCACAACUUCUGUAAUCCAGGUUUGGUAUAUGACGAGAGUAGUCAACUCUGCAACUGGCCUAUCAACGUGGCACAACCUUGUGGAAAUAAACCUGUAAUUGGUUGAUUUUAUUAAGUCUAUUUAUAAAUGAUGUCAAAUGCAA